AUGACUUCUUCGGUCGUCACACAUCCCUCUCUUCACAUCCGCGACGCCCACGAUGCACAUAUCCUGCUCGAGGCUGUUCGCUUGAACAUAUUACCUCUUAUCAAACGACGCCUUCUCUCCAACGAACGCGAGGAACUCAGAAGUGGCCACGUCUACGUUUGGGAGGAAGCGCAAGACGACGGAGGGCUCCUUCGCUGGACCGACGGGAGGCGCUGGUCUCAGAGUCGGAUGCGGGGAGACUACCUCUUCUACGAAGAGAAGAUUGAGACUACUCAGGAUGAAAGAGACGCUAAAGCAGCCAGAAGAGCUACUCGAGCAGCGGAUCCCAAUGCUAUCGUCCCUCCUCCAGUGAGGAGGAAGGAUCGUCCAUCGAAGCCAAACGGCCUUACGAAACAGACGUAUUCUGUUACCGUUCAUCUACCAGGAUCUGGUCAGACUCGAAAAUGGCAUGUGGUCGCCUAUUUCUCGGGAAAUGAUUAUACCCGCUUGCCUGUUAUCGAGAACUAUGAGUACCUGAGGAACAUUCGCGUUCCUCCGGGCAUCUAUCUCAGCAACAAGGUACUCUGCGCCAGGCCAGACCGCUUCUCAUAUUCGUAUUAUGCAGACGAACCGGAGGCGCCUUACAACGAAAUGGUUUCUUCCCCCUACCCUCCGACAUCACCAAUGUUGACUUCUCCAUCACCCCCCGUAUCACCAACAGUCGGGCUUCCUCGUCUAUUCAUGCCAUCCACGAACCAGAACAGAAUCACCCUACCUCCGAUUUCUACUCUGGACAGCAAGGGGCGUGUUAUUGCUGCAUACGGCGCCACGCCGUCCCCAUUAAACUACACGCCACUUUCACCAGAAGAUAAGCGUGCGCUGGAGAGCUUCAGGGUUCAGCUAUGA